CGCCCGCGGCCCGCGCCGCCCCCUGGCCGCGCGAUGGCCCCGGCGGCCGGCGCCCCCGCCAGAGGGCCUGUGCAAGAUCAGCUGGAGCAGCUCGACUCCAUCUUCGGCGCCGCCUACUUCGAACACGGGCGGCUCGUGGUGACGGUGGCCAGGGACCUGACCGGAUGCAUGAAGGUGGCCCACAAGAUCAUCUCCAAGUGCCAAGAGCGAUUCGGAGCCAUGGUCGACGUGGUCACGGAGCACGUCAAGCACGAAUCGUGGGUCAAGCUGCACGAGCACUCCAAGCAGGCGAAGAUGGCGCACGGUGCUGAGGUGCCAGAAUACCAGGUCACAAAGAUCCCGGACGGCAUCCGCAUCCCCCCGUACGCGAGGGAGAGUCUGCCGACGCUGGAGUUCCUGCUCCUGUGGGAGGAGCCCCAGAGCCUGGCCGCCCAUCGAGAUCGGCCCGGCCCGAUCACCGAAGCCGUGCCGCAGCCGCGGGGGCACCUCGGCGCAAAUGACUUCAGUAUGGGCUUGCAAACUGGCAGCGAUCGGAUGUGCUACAGGGGAGACUGGCAGUUUCUCGUUGACCCAAAACAUGGCAUUGGGGGCAGCAUUGACACCAGAGCCAGACCAGGUUUCAAGCUGGUCAGGGAUGAUGUCUGA